UAAAGAAAGAAACGGUUGACGAGAUGUUCACGGACCAGAUUCCGGAUGUUCCUGGCUCUGCCGAGAGCGGUGUUCAAGGCGCCAAAACCAAGUUGGGCAACAUGCUUCCUGAGCUCUCUGGAGUUCUCGGUGGCUCGCCCCGAGGAUGGGGCUUGACGUUCAUGAUCUCAGGCGGCAAGACUGGGCGAUCGAAUGGAACCGCCUGGUGGGUGGGGCUGCCGAAUUUAUUCUGGUGGUGUGACAGAGAGAACGGUGUUGCUGGAAUGAUCUGUUCUCAGAUUUUGCCGUUUGGCGAUCGAGCAGUUGUCGAACUUUGGUCUAAAGUAGAAACCACGGUCUAUGGGGGACUUCGUGCUACGACCAAGGAUGGACUUCCGUUGUGAGUCUGGAUCUUGUGUCGGGGUGGUAUCGAAAUGUUUGUUGUCUUCAACUGAGCACACUUGUAGUUAAAUUGCGGAUGAUCGAUGCUGAUGCUGAAACGUGCUCGAGUAUGCCCCAUGUACUACGUAAAGCACUGUGGAAACUAUUGUGUAUCAGGCUUUCGGUUUGUUUAAGCUGUAGAUGAUGCGCCGCAAAGC